AUUGAGAAAAUAAUAUAGCGAGGUUCUACUGUACGUUAUCAGUGGUCAGCUGUUCUUUUGGUCGCAAAAUUCCCCUUGCGGGCGUAGGCAACACUACGGCAUGUUUUGACAGCUGUAAUAAACGAAGAAACAAAAAAAAAAAUAGUUAAAAGCGGCAUGCUGUGUUUUUCAUUAAUUUGGUGUGCAUUUCAAAAUAAUUUUCUUCCUUGAUGAAUUAAAAGUGCUGUGACAGAAGAAUCCAACAAGAUGCCAAAAGAACAGUUUCGUGAAGCAGAUGUGAUUAAAAAAAUCUCCCAUGUGCAGUUUUGUAUUAGCAGUCCAGAGGAAAUUCAACAGGAGUCACAUUUGCGUAUUGUUUCAAAGAAUCUAUAUCAAGCUCAACGCCAACCUGUGCCUUAUGGCGUGUUGGACAAGCGCAUGGGCGUCAGCACCAAAGAUGCCACUUGUGAUACAUGCGGUCAGGGUCUAAAUGAGUGUAUCGGGCAUUUUGGCUAUUUGGAUCUUGCAUUGCCUGUAUUCCACAUUGGACAUUUUCGUGCGACUAUUUCAAUUUUACAAAUGAUUUGUAAAAGUUGUUCACACGUUAUGCUCAAGGAGGCAGAUAAACGCAUAUAUGAAAAGAAGCUGUUAAAUCCAAACUUAUCCUAUUUAGCGAAGAAAGCUUUACAUGGUCAAAUAUUAAAUAAAGCAAAGAAACAGUCAAAAUGUCCACAAUGCGAGGCACCCAACGGUGGCGUAAAGAAAGGUCCAGGUCUACUGAAAAUUCUACAUGAUCCCUGCAAAGGCAAAAAAGCCGAUGCUGUAAUAACCGAUGCGCUUAAAGAGUUGUUGCGUGCUACUGAAAAUAAUCGUGAAUUACAGCAUAUGAUUGCAUCAAAUAAUAAUUUAGAAGAACUUAAUCCCUUAACAGUAUUGGAACUUUUUAAAACAAUACCCAAAAACGAUAUACCAUUGUUGGGUAUGACCUCGGAAGACGCUAGUCCAGUUAAUUUAAUAGUAACACGCGUAUUUGUACCGCCCGUCUGCAUACGACCCUCUGUACUGUCCGAAGUAAAGGCUGGAACUACUGAAGAUGACUUGACCAUGAAGCAGAGUGAAAUAUUGCUUAUCAAUGAUGUUAUACAAAAACAUAUGACUGGCGGCGGCAAAAUCGAACUCAUUCAAGAGGAUUGGGACUUUCUACAACUGCACGUGGCUUUGUAUUUUCACAGCGAAAUUUCCGGUAUACCACUUAAUAUGGCACCGAAAAAAACCACACGUGGCAUUGUUCAGCGCUUAAAAGGCAAACAAGGUCGUUUUCGUGGUAAUCUCUCCGGCAAACGUGUGGACUUUUCCGGACGUACUGUAAUAUCACCCGAUCCUAAUCUAAUGAUACAUCAAGUGGGUGUACCUGAACGCGUCGCUAAAAUACUUACCUAUCCAGAGCGUGUUAAUCCAGCAAAUAUACAAAAAAUGAAAGAGCUUGUUAAAAACGGUACACAAAAGCAUCCUGGCGCAAAUUAUGUACAACAACGUGGUUCCACAUUUAAAAAGUAUCUCGCCUACGGUAAUCGUGACAAAGUAGCGCAUGAUCUAAAAUGUGGCGAUAUUGUCGAGCGUCACUUAUGCGAUGGUGAUAUAGUGCUCUUCAAUCGCCAACCCUCUCUACACAAAAUGUCCAUUAUGUGUCACCAAGCUAAAGUGCAACCGCAACGUACAUUCCGUUUCAAUGAAUGCGCCUGCACGCCAUACAAUGCAGAUUUCGAUGGUGAUGAAAUGAAUUUACAUUUGCCACAAACGGAGGAGGCACGGGCAGAGGCGCUUAUUCUUAUGGGCAACAAAUCCAACUUGAUUACACCUAAAAAUGGCGAAAUACUCAUUGCUGCGACACAAGAUUUCAUAACAGGCGCUUACCUGUUAACGCAAAAAGACGAAUUUCUUACCAAGGAGCAGGCCAUGCAACUGGCAGCCUGCUUUCUAGCUGGGCCAGAUGCUAAUAUGCGUAUCGAUAUGCCACCUCCAGCUAUAUUGAAGCCACGUAAACUUUGGACAGGCAAACAAAUCUUCAGCCUGUUGCUGCGUCCGAACAAGGCGUGUCCAGUUAAGGCGAAUUUAAUAACAAAAGGACGCAAUUACACCAGUAAUUACGACAUGUGUGUACGCGAUUCAUGGGUGAUUGUACGCAACUCGGAACUAAUUUGUGGCUCAAUGGACAAGAGCACUUUGGGCUCUGGCACGAAAAAUUGCAUCUUCUAUGUUAUAUUGCGAGAUUUUGGUGAGCUCUUUGCUACCAAAUGCAUGUGGCGUUUAGCAAGGAUUGCUUCAUUUUUCAUACAAAACCGCGGUUUUUCUUUCGGCAUUAGUGAUGUUACGCCCAGCAACAAGUUGCUUGAGGAAAAACAAAAAUUAUUGGAAAAUGGUUAUGCAAAAUGUGACGAAUAUAUUUUGGAAAUGAAAAAGGGUACCCUACAAUGUCAACCGGGUUGUACGCCCGAACAGACCUUGGAGGCGGUUAUGUUACGUGAACUCUCCUCUAUACGUGAACAGGCAGCUAAAGCUUGCUUCCGUGAGCUACAUCCCACAAAUAGUGCAUUAAUAAUGGCUUUGUCCGGCUCAAAGGGUUCGAAUAUUAACAUAUCACAGAUGAUUGCAUGUGUCGGUCAACAGGCUAUUAAUGGCAAACGUGUACCUAAUGGAUUUGAGAAUCGUGCGCUGCCGCAUUUCGAGAAAUUCUCUGCUAUACCCGCAGCACGUGGUUUCGUUCAAAAUAGUUUUUACUCGGGUCUUACGCCUACUGAGUUUUUCUUCCAUACAAUGGCUGGUCGUGAGGGUUUGGUCGAUACCGCUGUAAAGACUGCAGAAACUGGUUAUCUGCAGCGACGUUUAGUGAAGUGUCUGGAAGAUCUGGUCGUGCACUAUGAUGGCUCUGUUCGCAAUGCCAUAGGUGAAAUAGUCGAGUUGAUCUAUGGCGGCGAUGGUCUAGAUCCUGUUUUCAUGGAAGUCAAAAAUAAACCCGUCGAUUUAGUGCGUCAAUUAAAUCAUUUGCGUGCAACUGUGCCAGAUCGUCAAAGCGCACCGCUUGCGGCAGCUGAUAUUUCUACCGUAACUAAAAAAAUACUUACAGAAGAAGAGUUUACAAUGAGUCGCAAGGAUUUUCAAAAGGAAAUUAUCACAUUCAUCGACAAAGUCGCCCAAAAGAUCGCCAAUAUACAGGAGAAAUAUCGGCGUCAUCCGAAACUCGCUAAUGAAAUCGAACGUCUCACCGAAGAUCAAAUACGCACUUUUAUGCGUUGGGUCAAUGACAAAUACAACCGAGCCGUAACUGAGCCUGGUACUGCUGUCGGCGCUGUAGCUGCGCAAAGUAUUGGUGAACCUGGUACACAGAUGACAUUGAAAACUUUCCAUUUUGCUGGUGUCGCUUCGAUGAACAUUACACAGGGUGUACCACGUAUUGUAGAAAUCAUAAAUGCAACAAAAACAAUUUCAACACCAAUCAUUACCGCGGAAAUUGAGAAUAAUACCAGCAUGGAGUUCGCGCGUAAAGUAAAGGCGCGUAUUGAGAAGACAACGCUCGGCGAGAUUUCUUCUUACAUUGAGGAAGUAUUCAGGCCAGAUGACUGCUUUUUAGUUAUACGUUUAGAUUUGAAUCGCGUAAAAGUGUUGGGCUUAGAAAUCAAUGCCGAAACUGUGCGUUACUCUAUUUGCACCUCAAAAUUGCGCAUCAAACCGGCGCUGGUGGACGUGGUCGGUGCUUCUGUAAUAACAGUUCACAUUGAUACCUCGAAGCAUGGCGCCACACUCAACGCCGAGCUGCAACGUCUCACGAUAGCUAUACAGAAUGUUGUUGUGGCCGGCUUACCGAAUAUUUCACGUGCUGUCAUCGCCAUCGAUGAUGCACACACGCCGCACACCUAUAAACUAUGCAUUGAAGGCGCUGGUUUACGCGAUGUAAUGGCCACUUUUGGUGUGGUGGGUGCACACACAAAGAGUAAUAAUAUUUGGGAAGUUUACAACACCUUGGGUAUUGAGGCUGCACGUACUACUAUUAUGACUGAAAUCACUGAUGUGAUGGAGGGGCACGGCAUGAGUGUCGAUCAUCGACAUAUCAUGCUGUUGGCCAGUCAGAUGACAUCGCGCGGUGAGGUAUUGGGCAUAACACGGCAUGGUUUGGCGAAAAUGCGUGAGAGCGUCUUCAAUUUGGCAUCGUUUGAAAAAACUGCUGAUCAUCUCUUCGAUGCCGCUUACUUUGGACAAACUGAUGCUGUGGACGGCGUUUCAGAGCGUAUUAUAUUGGGCAUGCCCGCAUCGAUCGGUACUGGUCUCUUUAAGCUUAUACACAAUCAUGAGGACACAGCAUUGCCGGAAGUGGAAAUGCCAAUAUUUCACUCAGUUACGUAGAUAGAGUUAACACAUACGCGUGAUAUUUUUCUGUGUUUGUUGUUUGAAAGAAAUUUAUGUAUUUAAUGGUGGAAAACGAUGAAACCCUCAAAUAAACUUUAUAUAAUAAAUUA